AUCCGCAAAAUGUUAACCUAUCAAACAACCCAUUCCUCGAUCUUUUAAAUUAUAGUAAUGUCAUUAGUUUAGUGAAUUUGGCUAUAAUAUUUCCCUUUUUUCGAGUAAAUACGAAUAGAAUCUAAGAUAAUAAUAAUGGAAGGACAAAAUGACAGUGGGUCAGAUGAUAUAUUUAAUUCAAACCUUGGAAAUGUAGAUUUAAUAGGAAAACGAUUGUCACCUUAUUUGAACUAUGAUUUAAAUUUUAUUCCACAAAGCCAGCCAGAUUAUAUAUUUCUGGAGGGUGCUGGUAAACAGCGUGGAAGAUUUGAAUUGGCUUUUGGACAAAUUGGAGCAUCGGCAAUGACUGGAGCUGCUGUAGGUGGCAUUAAUGGUUUAUAUAAUGGAUUAAAAGCGACUACCCUAGCUGGGGAAAAAGGGAAAUUACGAAGAACUCAGCUUAUCAAUCAUGUUAUGAAAAAUGGAUCAGCCACAGCCAAUACUUUAGGAACGAUUGCUGUUAUGUACUCAACAUUCGGAGUGUGUUUAUCGUGGAUUCGAGGAACGGACGAUGAUUUGAAUACCCUUGUUGCUGCGAGUGCAACAGGAGUCCUUUAUAAAUCAACAGCUGGUUUGAGAAAAUGUGCAAUGGGUGGGGCAAUAGGUUUAAGUCUUGCUGCAGUGUAUUGUUUAUGGAAUUCAAGAGAAAAUCUACAGAAUAUAACACAGCGAAUGUAGUGCACUGCAUAUUUAAAAAAAAGCAAACAACAGAAAGUUAUUUUCACCCGUAAUCAAAUUUUAUCCAAAUAUUCUAACGAAUUUACUUAUUGUAAGAGGGGUUCCAUACCAAAUAGAAAGAUUAAGGUAUUGUAAGUGUUUGAACACAUACGUUACAAGUACAGUAAUACAAUACGGAAUAUGCUUCAGCGCCGACAAUUUUAUCAGUGGUCGGCGUUGAUAUCGCGGUUUUUCGACAGGCCGAUUUGCCGUAGUUAAUAUGCGUUCAUUGUUGGAAACUUACGCUAAAACAACCCUACAAUUCCGAGGUAUUACUGUAGAAUCUUUCAACAAAUAACACUUGAAGUAUGUAUUUUUUUAUAAAAUUGUUAUUACAUUAGUGUUAUGUGACUUUUUCGAGCUUCAAUUGUUACUUGUUUAGAAACUCAGUCACAUUCCAUAAUCAUACUUCAUAUUUUAUCGGAGAAUUUUCUAAAAAUUCCAAAAGAAUUCAUUACAUACAAAUUGUCACAUUCAUUCAUUUGAGGUAUUCUAAUAUUUUUUGGUAACAGGAAGUGAUCACUUCUAAUGUUAGUAAGCGUUUGUUUAUUAAUAAGUCCAUUUCAUUAGACAUGAGACCAGUAUAAGGUUCAAGUCGACCGCGAAAUUCAUUAAUAGGUAGAUAUACUUUGCUACCUGAAAUACCCAACAUUGCCACGGUAUUGACAGGCGUUGUAAUUGUCUAUCGACGAUUUGCGCGACAUCUAUUGAAAGCACACCAUGUGAAUGAUCUUUAUUCUCUAAUCAAAUCAUGGAUCUUGGUCGAGUGGGCAAAAUAACGACCGGCCUUUUUAAUAAUCUUUAAAAAAAAAGCUUAAAUAAUCGAAUUUCCUUAAGAACCCGAAAUAUUUUAUACACUCCCCGAAAAGUGUUUGAUUCAUGAUGGAAUUAAUCGAGAAAAUAAUAACUAUUGCUAAAAACUGGAAAUGCUUUUAGGCGAAAGAGACUCGGAGUGCAUAUUAACACUGCCGGAUAAGCCCUUCAAUCUAACCUAACCUAUGAUGGAAUUUAUUCGCUUGAGACCUCAAAUGAUGAAAAACAAUAUAAGGUGGAAAAUUUUUGUAAUCCAAAAAUAAGAAUUAUUUUUGUUUUAUUUUUCAGUAAUCAUUUUUUAUAAUAUCAAUGUGAGGAUUACAGAAAAUAUACUUUCUUGCCAAAAAAUAGAUAAAAUA